AUGGCGUUGACUGCGGCGCUGCGGGAGAGCAGGGGAGCGGAGCAAAGCCAAGGAGUAGUCAAGCUGGAGCGCGGUAAUGGCGGCGAGGAGAGGAGGCGGGAGCACAUGUUCGACAAGGUGGUGACGCCCAGCGACGUGGGGAAGCUGAACCGGCUGGUGGUGCCCAAGCACUUCGCCGAGCGGCACUUCCUGCCUCGGCUGCUCGGAGGUGGCCCGGCGGCGAGGCUCGCCGGCGCCGUGCUGCGGUUCGAGGACGGGCGCGGCGGCGGCAAGGCGUGGGCCUUCCGCUUCUCCUACUGGAGCAGCAGCCAGAGCUACGUCAUGACCAAGGGCUGGAGCGCCUUCGUCCGCGACCGCCGCCUAGCCGCCGGCGAUACCGUCUCCUUCUACCACGCGGGCGCCCGACUCUUCAUCGACUGCCGGCGGCGCGGCGCCCGAGUAGCAUUGGCGCCGGCCACGCCCGUCUUACCGGCUCCUUCACGAAUCUUGGUCACGUCGACGCCAGGGUCUUGGUCGACGCCCUGUUCGACUUCGGGCGACGUCGGGGCGCCGGCGCCGCGGGGGCGGUGCUUCCGGCUGUUCGGCGUGGAUCUCGUGCUUGCCGGCGCCGAGCCGCCACUGUCUACGGAUUUGCAGCUAGCUCUGAUGAGAUGA